AUGGCCACAGCUAUACAAAUAAACCAUCAUGAAAGUGGUAUCAAGCCAUAUUUUGAACAGAAAAUUCAAGAUAUCGAACUUCAAAUUAGAGCUAAAACUGAAAAUCUACGUAGAUUAGAAGCUCAAAGAAAUCAACUUAAUGAUAAAGUGCGCUUCAUUAGAGAUGAAUUACGUCUAUUACAAGAGCCUGGUUCAUAUGUGGGAGAAAUUAUCAAGAUCAUCUCUGAUAAGAGAGUUCUUGUCAAAAUUCAACCGGAAGGUAAAUAUAUUGUAGAUGUUGCCAAGGAUAUUAAUAUUAAAGAAUUGAAGCCCUCUCAAAGAGUUUGUUUGAAAAGUGAUUCAUAUCUAUUGCAUAAAGUGUUGAAGAAUAAAUCAGAUCCAUUAGUCUCUUUGAUGAUGGUAGAAAAAGUUCCAGAUUCCACUUACGAUAUGGUUGGUGGUCUUACAAAACAAAUUAAAGAAAUUAAAGAAGUUAUUGAAUUACCUGUAAAACAUCCAGAAUUGUUUGAAAGUUUAGGGAUUGCGCAACCAAAGGGGGUCAUUCUUUAUGGUCCACCAGGUACUGGGAAAACUUUAUUAGCAAGAGCUGUGGCUCAUCAUACUGAUUGUAAAUUUAUAAGAGUCUCAGGUGCAGAAUUAGUUCAAAAAUAUAUUGGUGAGGGUUCUAGAAUGGUUAGAGAAUUAUUCGUCAUGGCAAGAGAGCAUGCUCCUUCCAUCAUAUUUAUGGAUGAAAUAGAUUCUAUUGGUUCCAGUCGUGUAGAAGGUGGUUCCGGUGGUGGAGAUUCAGAAGUACAAAGAACAAUGUUGGAAUUAUUAAAUCAAUUGGACGGGUUUGAAACUUCCAAGAAUAUUAAAAUUAUCAUGGCUACAAAUCGAUUGGAUAUUCUGGAUCCAGCUCUUCUAAGACCUGGGAGAAUCGAUAGAAAGAUUGAAUUCCCUCCUCCUACCGUUGCUGCAAGAACAGAAAUCUUACGUAUUCAUUCUAGAAAAAUGAAUUUGACAAGGGGUAUCAAUUUAAGAAAGAUUGCAGAAAAGAUGAACGGUUGUUCGGGAGCAGAUGUAAAAGGUGUUUGUACUGAAGCUGGGAUGUAUGCUUUAAGAGAAAGAAGAAUACAUGUCACUCAAGAAGAUUUCGAAUUAGCCGUAGCUAAGGUAAUGAAUAAAAAUCAAGAAACUGCUAUUUCGGUGGCUAAAUUAUUUAAAUAG